AGUGGUUCCAACAUGAAGUUCUCAUUCAGCGCAUUCAUCAAGGGUCAGCGGUCCAGAAGGGCCCCAGUGACCACGGCAGAUCUCUCUGGAAAGACAAUUCUUGUAGUUGGGGCAAAUGCUGGACUGGGUUUUGAAGCGACCAAACAUUUCGCCACGAUGAAGCCAGGUCGUCUUAUCCUCGCAUGUCGAAGCGAAACUCGUGGUCAAGAAGCGUUAGAAAAACUGCGAGCGGAAAUUAACUGUACAACUGCCGAAUUGUGGAUUUUGGAUUUAGCAGAUUUCGGUUCUGUCCAGUCCUUCGCUGACAAAUUCGAGCGGGAGGGCGGGAGACUUGACAUUAUUCUUGCCAAUGCUGCUACAAUUUUGCCAAAGUACCAACCAACCAGGCAAGGCUGGGAGACCUGUCUCCAAGUCAACUGUCUUUCUAUGCCGUUGCUUGCCCUCCUCCUCCUUCCACACAUGGUCAAAACAGCUGAGCAGUACGGAACUGUCCCUCGCAUCGUGGUUGUCGCGAGCGAAGUGCACCACUGGGCUUCCAUCGAACGGCGGGUCGUUGAGGGUCCAAACAUUCUCGGCACGUUGGGAAGCAAAGAAUACUGCACAUCCAAGGCGAUGGGAACCCGAUAUUUCCUAACUAAAUUGUUGAACAUCAUGUUCGUCCGGGCCAUGAACAAACAUCUCUCGACGACUGCCCCAAUAGUCGUCAACGCCGUCAAUCCGGGAUACUGCUAUUCCAACAUUAGAACCACAUUCAGCGGCUUUCAAGCCCUCAUUGACAGCCUAAUGGAACGUGCAAUCGCGUUGCCGACUGAAAUUGGGAGCCGACAACUUGUGUGGGCUGCAUUGGGAAUGGAGAAUAAGCCACUGGGCCUGAAGGGCGAGUACAUUUCCCUCGAAAAGGUGGAGGAGGUCAGCGAUUAUAUCCUCAGUCCAGAAGGGGCAACAGUGCAGGAGCGAAUUUGGACCGAGCUUGUGCAAAUUUUGACCAAGGCAGAACGUGUAUCUGAAGUCGUGAACGUGCAUCUGUAG